GCCACAGAGACGCGUCUCUUGGCAACAUGGCGGUGAAGCGUGAUUGCAGAAAUGCUGCGUGUCCCGGUCCGGAACAAACACUUCGAAACAUCAGAGAUAGUUAGCAAUGUACCAUCCAUCUUUUUACACUUUCCUCUGCCUUUUUUGUGCAACAUACAAAAAGUGCUUUUAAACCACGGGAGAUAAAGCACCUUUUUAUCGGGACUACUUGCUGUAACAAACCCUGCUCUUUGUGAGUCAACAAAAAGUGGUGCUCAGCGUUGCACUCUUUACAAUGUAAUGGCCUUAAAGUCAAGAGGAUUCAUCUAAGAAGCAAUCUAUCGCUUGGCAGAAGAGUCUUCAGACUCACACAUACUAAUUAGCAGUGUGUGCCGACUACAUCAUGCCAGAAGACAAAUACCGUAAGCUGCUGCAGCCGUCCAGGAGCUGCGACACUAAAAAGAAAACCAAGAGGAAGAAAAAGAAGAGAAAGAAAGCUACUACAUCCUCAACUCCUCCAGGUAACUCAGAGACCCCUCAGGCUGUAUCGUUGCCCCCUGAGACCUCACCUGUAUCCCUGCCGCCCCCACAGAGUCCUAGUCAGUCGCGUGCCCAGCUGCCCAAGCUUAAAACAACCAGCCACAAGGACGGAGAGCUGCUCACUGGCAGCGGCAGGAAGAGCAAAAAACACCCCAAAGACUCCCCGACCCUGCUGAGAGCGGGAGAUAAAAACAGUGGCAUUGGAGAGCUCUGCACCCAGGCCAGGGAGAGCCUGAGGUGGGACGGCGUGCUGGAAGACCCCCAGGCUGAGGAACAGAGGCUGGAGUUGUACAGGGCCAACAGGCGGCAGCGUUACAUCACACACAGAGACGCUCUGUUAAAAGAAACUACCUUGAGAAAGACUUUUCUUACAGACAGCAGAGAAAAAAAAGGCUUUGACUGAAGGAGCGUUCUCUGCAUUUAGCACUGACUGAAUUAAAGAAGCAAGUGAGAGCCUCAUGCCUUUUAUUUUAAGGAACUUUGAAAUACAGGUUAGCAGUUUUCUUUUUCGUCAUUUAACAUGGAGAGUGAGGAGUUGUUUAAAAUAAAUUGUCUUAUGUUAACUACUCGAUCAUAUUAUCUAAUAAAAACUAUCUAAUGUGCAAUGCCCUGGAUCCAGCCAUAGGAAAACCACUCUCUCUUAAAACGUAUUUAAAAUUAAAAAGCAAUCAAAGGAUGAUGCGGAUACCUAAAAUAAAAAAGAAAAACUCAAAAGUGAAUCUUAAAAUUAAAAUAUCGCUGCUGGACCAAAGAUGGCAGAACAUUCAUGUUUCCCUGAGCAAAUGAGAUGCUCCAAUGCUGAUAAGUGAUUGAAGAAGAGACAAUAUUGUUGUGCCUGAGAUUUUUUUUUAAUGCAUAAACAAUGUUUAACACAAGACAAAAGAGUUUAAAUGAAAAGUACAUUCCGGUUAUGUUCAACGGGGCGUCAGGGUUCACUUUGAAUUGAUAACAAAGCAGUUGCUAACAAGAGGAUUGGUAUUCAGCAUGAAGAGGUUGCUUAAGAGAACAAGGCUGAUAUGUUCCUUAAUAUGCUAAAUUACUUAUUAAAAUGUGUUUGGAUGCAAAAUAAGGCUUAAAUAUUUCGCUGGUAAAUACAUUAACAUUUUGAGUUGGUACUUCUACAGUAUAAUUCUGUAAAUGCAUUAUAUUAAAAAAAAAACUUAAAGUUUCAAAUCUUUUACUUAAAACAUAAGUACAAAUUAUGACCUGUUGGCCUCAAGUCUGCACCUGUUGAACCCUGGGGUUAACUGAUGCAUGCUGGAAACAGGAAGUUGAAAUGUAGUCUAAAAGUGAAUGUGGAGGUUCGAAGUAAAGACAGGGAUAAACCAGCAGAGAGACAGAGAGGGAGAA